GCGGCGGCUGAAGGGGGAAGAGUGAGCAGCCAGUUCGGUGUCAGUCUCAAAACUAGCAGUAGAACUUUGUUAUGACCCGCGAAACCCGAGCGGUUCGGAUCAGAUAUCAGCGGUAAUCCACUCCGCGGUCGUGGGGGAGCGGUUCGGCCCGGUUUUGACCCUCGGGAGGAGUUUUUAGGAGCAGGAGAAUGAGUUUGAACGAGCACUCUCUGCAGGCGCUGUCAUGGAGAAAGCUCUACUUGAGUCGAGCCAAGCUGAAGGCCACCAGCAGAACCUCUGCUCUGCUCUCCGGGUUCGCCAUGGUGGCGAUGGUGGAGGUCCAGUUGGAGCGAGAUUACUCCUACCCUCCGGGUUUGCUGAUAGCGUUUAGCGCCUGCACCACUGUCCUGGUGGCCGUGCAUCUCUUCGCUUUAAUGAUCAGCACCUGCAUCCUGCCCAACCUGGAGGCGGUCAGCAACGUCCACAACCUCAAUUCGGUCAAGGAGUCGCCCCACGAGCGGAUGCAUCGCCACAUCGAGCUGGCCUGGGCCUUCUCCACCGUCAUCGGCACCUUCCUCUUCCUAGCGGAGGUGCUGCUGCUCUGCUGGGUGAAGUUCCUUCCGCUGAAGAAGCACGACGAAGUCCAAACAGACAACUCCACGGUCAGCGCCGGGGUAGCCGCGGCCUACGCGUCGACGGCCAUCAUGGUUCCCUGCGGCCUCGUCUUCAUCGUCUUUGCCGUGCAUUUCUACCGCUCACUCGUUAGCCACAAAACUGACCGGCAGUUCCAGGAGCUGGAGGAGUUGUCCAACAUCACGCGCCUCCAGAACGAGCUGGACCAUCGGGCGGACGCGCCAAACAUUCAGUCGGCUCCGGGACUUUUCCCUUAGGACAGACACAGUCGGCUUCCGGUCUGACCGUUCUCCAGCUAGACACACAGUAAUUUAUGGAAAAUCAGAUUCACACAGUUUUCCAGUUCAAACGUAGUCGAUCAGCCAGAAGGGUGCGUUUUCAGUUUUAGCGCUGGAGCCAUGAGGCUCAUGAUGGUCUCAAGCAGUGGAUGCUUAUACUCCACUUAGGCCGCGUUCACAUUACCAGGCUGAAGCGGCGUAAAUCCGAAUUUUAUUCAGAGCUGUGUGGACGCGCAUCUGAUCUUUUCACUGUAACACGUGGUUCUAGAUCAGAUGUGUGUCCGGUUCAUGGCCUUAAAGUGAGCGCUCCGAUCAGAAUUCGUGUGCUCGUCGCUGUGCGUCUUCAUUCUGCGUUACCGUGGCAACAGGGCCGAAACUGAGGUUGGUGUCUGAAAACUUUCGUCUCGUUCGAAUAGUAAGGCUAAGAGAUGCUUGUUUUGAUGCACGUGAUUCAGUCAUGUGACGUUAUUGAUUAGGAUGUGCGCAUGCGGGUCGUUUCGGACAGCAGGUUCACGUUAAUGACAGAUUUCAGUCACUUAUCUACACCAUUGUGAGCCAACUAGUCGGAAAGAUCGGAUCUGGGCCAAAAAUCCGAAGAGGCUUGUGAUGUGAACAUAACUUUAGCCCCCUAGUGUGUGCAUUCACUAGAAUGUGUGUGGUGUUUCACUUCACGGAUGUGCGGAGGUGGAAUUUCCCCGUUUGUGGGAUUUAAAAAAAAAAAAGAAGCAUCACUUAAACUGCAAAGACAUCCGUGUGAACAUACAAGAGUGUAAAUUUUUUGGACCAUUGUUGUGGUAUUUUAUAUAAUUUAAGGUCCUGGACUGAAAUUCCAGGAACACCCCAUCUCCGGACUCCGGACACCGCUGUCAGUUAGGACUGGAUUUAGAACAGAAGCUAUUGGAGACGAAACCGUCUGAUCAGGAAUAAUCAGGUUGUUUCGUGAGAAGCUUAUAAGAGUUGCGGCUGAGUUUGAAGUGAGUUGCUGGACGCUUUACUACGUCAGCUCGUAAUCCGAUCCCGACUCCGGAUAGGAAGACAGUGUCAGGCUGGCUUUACGGUCAUGCGACUUCCAGUUGCUUGAGACGCACAUGAAACGGAAAUGCGCUCGGGUUGCGUUGCGUAAACUGUCCUGCAACUCGCUUGAAAUCUCGGCCCGAAACAAAUUUGUGGAACGAGUUUAAUUAAACGGUCUUGCUGGUUUUCCAUCGGGCGUACGGUUUCGGUACAGUGAUCAUUAAAUGACGAUUUUUUCCCCCAUAGGAACGAAAUGUGAGCGAAAGUUUGUGCACCCAACCUCUGUGUCAUAUCGUGAUGAUACCGGUCCGUCAGCAACAUCCAAUUAAUCAUAUGGCAACUGCCUGGCAACCCUCUAGCAACCACCUGGGAUACCAUAGCAGCCCCCUAGCGCAGCAGCAACUUUAUCAUUAUAAAUUUACCAUAGUAAAUGCCUGGCAACCCCCUAGCAACCAUCUGGGAAUUGAUUUAAUCAAUCAAUCAAUUAAUGAAUUAAUUGGAGCCUUGUAGCUCUACUGCUAAAACUAAAGAAGCAAGCUUGUCGUGUCUGACUGAUCGACUAAUAUUGGAGUGGAUGU